GAGGCAAACAAUUGCGUGUGCUCCAGUGCGAGUCGCACCUACGUUUGCACCGCACAGUCAACAGAUACCCUUGCAACGCAGCGAGCUCCACCCUAAGAGGCACCUCUUCAACCCUUUUGGGAUCCGCAAGCAAGCAUCUAUUGGCGGCGUCAACCCCUUGUGCACCUCCGGUUCCGAUACCGGGGUUUGAAAAGCACGUUGGCGAAUGAUGUGAAUGUGUCACGCGUCGAUUAUUGUCCACGGAAGCUUUUGGAGGAGUAUCACCGCUUUGACGCAUUUUUCCAACUCACUCAAACUUUUCCAAGUUCUAAAGUAGGAGGAUUUCAGCAUGGAUUCGUUGCGCGACUCUGCCGGGGACAGCAAACCAAAUGCGUGCCAGUGUGCGCCUAAAUCCGACGUCCACCGGUGGUCUCCCGGGCUCCCUGUGGCCAUGUGCAUUCUCAUGUCCCUGUGCUCCAUCAGCGUGUGUCUGCUGAUGAGUUUCAAGACUCUCCAGUUGGAGCAGAGACUGAAGAUGGAACUGGACAGAGUCCCCAUCUUUCGUGCAGGGCACGGAAGUUUCCUCAACGAGGAUGGGAGUCUGGUUCCAGAGUUGAGCGCCUCCGUGGGGAAACUCGUGGAAGAGAAAGUCAUGGUACUGAUGCCAAAAAUCCGAACAACUCGAGAUGUUGGGCAAGAAUGCGCCUGUCCUGCAGGGCCUCCCGGAAAGCGUGGAAGGAUGGGAAGAAGAGGUGAACCGGGUAAGUGAAGCCCACAACCUGGCAAGUCGGGACGGGAUGGAUACCCGGGUCCACUUGGCCUGGAUGGUAAACCAGGAAUACCGGGUCUCAAGGGAAACCAGGGACCAGCGGGGCCCAAGGGAGAAAAGGGUGAUCAAGGAGACAUUGGGCCAAGGAUGGUCUAUCCAAGAUUCGAUCACGGCUUUCUCUCUGGUGACCAGUCCAGCACCUUUCAGAGACGUUUUCUGAAGGGCGACCAAGGGCAGGCUGGACCUGCCGGCCCGCCUGGCCCCCCAGGUACCUCAGGUCCCAGAGGCCCCCCUGGGAACACUGGCAAAGAUGGACCUCGUGGACCACCAGGAGAGCCGGGUUUUCAAGGUCGUGAUGGCAUUGAGGGACCUCAAGGAUUGCCCGGGAAGUCGGGAGAAGAUGGGGAACCUGGAUAUCCUGGACCACAGGGUCCUCCAGGACAAAAGGGCGAGGCGGGAAUGGGAGAAAAAGGCGAGCGGGGCAUGGAUGGACUGCCAGGAUUAAAAGGAGAUAAAGGAGAAGUAGGAGAACAAGGCCUACAAGGUCACAUGGGUUAUCCUGGUGAAAAGGGCAGUUCAGGCCCCUCUGACAUCAUUGACUUUAAUGGCAAGCUUCUUGAUGCGUUCCAGGCCAUCAACACAAUCAGUGUUUCGGGCCCACCUGGACCACCUGGCCCCCCAGGUCUUCAAGGAGAAAAGGGAGAGCUUGGUUUACCUGGUACCGCUGGAAUGGAUGGGGAGAAGGGAUCUAAAGGUGAUGUGGGAGGAAUAGGACCAGAAGGUGAAAGAGGAGAAAAGGGAGAGAUGGGCCUUUCUGGUCCCACGGGCAUGGAUGGACAGAAAGGAGAGAAAGGUGACUGCAGACUGGACGACAACCUGGUUCAAAUGAUUUCACAGCCAGGCCCACCAGGUCCACCAGGAGCUCCUGGAUCCAUGGGUCUGCAUGGAAUGCCUGGUCCAAAGGGAGAGCCAGGAUUUGGGAUAAAAGGGGAGAGGGGGGACCCCGGUUCUCCAGGACCCAAAGGAUUGGAUGGUCUGCAAGGUGCACCUGGAUCCCCGGGCUUAGUGGGUCUUCCAGGGGCCAAAGGAGAAAAGGGCAGGCCAGGGGAACCUGGACUUGACGGUUUCCCAGGCCUCAUGGGAGAGAAAGGUGACAGGGGAGAACGGGGAGAUAAGGGUGACAGAGGAAGUGUUGGGAAGAGAGGGCUGAAGGGUCAGAAGGGAGAACAGGGUCCUCCAGGCCUGGAUCAACCCUGUCCUGUGGGUUGUGAUGACAAAAAAGAUCUGUCUGUGAAAGGAGCGCUUUCUUCUCCUCCACCUCCUGUUCUUCCUCCUUCCGCUCCUGUGGCCCUCUGUCCUCUGGGACGUGAUGGGUUGCCCAUACCAGGCUGCUGGCACAAGGAGGAGAUGGCCAGGCAGAAGCUUAAACGCAAGCGUCUUAUUCAGCCUUGAAGGCGAGCGGGAGUGACUGCUGGGGAAAAGGACACUUAAAAGGGCCGAGAGCACGGAGGCAGAUUGGCCUUUAUGGAGCAGACCCCGCCCUGCACAGCCUCUGUGUCUUACUGAAAACUUAAAAUCCCCCAAUGUGGAAACUCUCCCGAAGGGGUUGACAAAUCCACUUCGGCUAUCCCUUGAAAUCUCUUGCUGAUGAUGUAGUGUGACGUCACUGGCACAUAGGGAAGGAUUCAGCCCAUGUUAUAAUUCCAGUCGUUUUGGCUAGGAUCUUCUAAAAUCUUCUGUAAUUAACUGCAUCAUCUUAACCAAUGUUGUGGAUGGAAUUAUAGAAACAAUAGCUUUUCAAGCACUCGUAGAUUUUCAAAUGUUUCUUCUCCAUGUUUGGCAGUGGAAAUCUGUUUGAUGUUACAUUUUGCAUUCCCAUGCAUGCCAUGUUUAUUGACGGAGUUGAAGGAGCCGCUGCAGUAUUCAUCGUAAAGCAUCAUUCAAUGGGGCUAAUUAGCUUCAUUGUUUUGCUGGUUGAGUUUUAACAAGUUUAAAACCCACCGUGUGUAAUUUAGUUUGACUGAUCGUGGUUAUUAUAGCCCAGAUGAAGACAUUUUUGUUCUCUCUUGCUGCUGACUUGUAUGUUUUUAUUUCUUUAAAAAAAAAAAAUACUAGUCAUUAGAAAUUGAUGAAUGACGAACUAAAUUAUUUCAUUUUGGUCAAAUGUGUACCAACGUUUUUAUUAGGAAUUGAGUUUUAUUUACUAAUCGUACACUGGCUUUGAAUGCCAGUAAUGCUGCCUUUUGAAUAGUUUUUAGUCCAAGUAGAUAAAGGGCUUUUGUAGGUGUGUUUUUGUCUUGGCCACACAUUUACAGACUUUUAUUUUGCAAAAUUCCUAAAAUGUGGCAUAGUUAUUCAGAGAUACAGGAUAAAUAGAAUUAUUUUUGCUACAGGUUCACAAAACAGUGAUGAUAACAGAACUACAUUUUUGUAAAAAAAAAAAAAAAAAAAGUACAUUAGAUAUUGUAGAUUGAACAUCAGUACAAGAAUAUUUUUGUUCUCAUGAUUGACAAUUGAAGUUUGUUUCUUUUAGUUAGUUAUGAGGCAAAGAAAAUGCUAUGGCGCUGAAAUGUUUCCUUGUACACCACAGUAAAUGGCAAAUAGAAUGUUCAAGUACUAGUUUUGUUUUAUUUGUAAAGCUUGGACUGCAAUUUGCUAAAACAAAAAAUGUAUAGAUGACCUACUUACUCUUACUGACCUGUUUUUCUUUCUCAUUAUCAAUAUUCAGGCUGUAACAUGUCACUAAAGCAAGUGAUGCAAGCUUUAUAUACAUGUGCCAAAUUUCUAUACUGACGCAACAACAAAAAUCAUAACAGAAGGGUUUAUAUGUUCAAGUCAGUUUACGUAUACAUUUACAUAUGUGGUUCCGCUUGUAUUUGAUAAGACUUUCUAUACGCGAGAAGCUUCCUGUAAACUAUCAUAUAUAUUAAACCUGAUCAGAAAUGCAAAGCAGUUUACAGUCACUGUAAGGCAUAAAGUGUUGCCAUUUGACUGGAAGCUGUGUGGUUAUCUGACAAUCAACAUAGGACUAGGAUUUGUUUUGCAGGUUCUAUUCAUUGUAAGACUUAACAGAGUAAGUAACUAGCACAAUGUCUGUUCUUUGGUGUUGUAGCCAAUAAUAUCACAGUAUUAGCUUGACUUUGUGACAAUGUUUGGUUGUGUACUUGGUUGUAAAAGAAUGAAGCUAUUUUUGUAAUUAUUGUCUAAAUAUGUUGAACUUGGGUCAAUUUAACUUGACUGAAAUAAACGAUGGGUUUAUGCUUUCCUUUUCCUUUCA